ACGUUGCGGUCCUCCAGACGCUUAAUGGUGUUAUUCUUGGACUAAAGUACAAUGUGAAACUUCUGAAGCGUUUCAUUGAAAGACCUGUUCAAGGACAUACCGAACACGUUAUUCCGACACAAGAAGAAGAAAGCAGCAAAGCUGUUUCGUGUUCGGAGGCUGGUGCAACAGUUGUUUGUGAAGACCAGGCAUCUAAUGCAGAGGAAAUGUCAGAUACUGACGAAGACCAGCCAUCUCAUGCAGAUCACAUGUCAGAUACAGACAGUGUGAAGUAUAACAAAACCAGUGAUCUCCAAUAUUUCAAUCCUGUCGAUCAUGAGUGGCAAACAGAAAAGGCAAAGGUUGUAGCGAAAAGACCACGGAGUGGAAAGAAACACCCAACAUUUGUGUGUCUACCUGUCCUUGCCAAGCCCUCCAAGAUUGAGCCAAUGAGAGGCGAUGGAAAUUGCUAUUUCCGAGCCAUAAGCCAAGCCUUAUUUGGUGUGCAGAAGUAUCACCUCUCUGUUCGAAAUGCAAACGUUACUUUGAUGGUGGAACACCAUGAGCAAAUAAAGAAGCAUUUUGGAGAAAGCUAUCUGGAAAACAGUGGAAUGGAUAUUGAUGGCAAAUGGGCCACAGAAGUUGAGAUUCUUUCAACAGCAGCAAUUCUCAACACCAACAUUCAAAUAUGGUCCAAAUCAGGCUCCUCGAUGAAGUGGCUUUGUUACAAGUCUGAAACUCUUGGACAAGUAUCAAUGACAGAGAAGUGCAUUUAUCUGUGCAAUAACAGUGGAGUACAUUUUGACUAUGUCACCUACACAGGACAAUAAACAUAAUAUUCAUUUCAAAGCUGUGUUCAUGUGUGAAAACAGACUCAUUUUAUCCAAACAAUUUUUGGAAGUAUCCACUUUACGUGUUUAAAAUUUGACAUUAUCUGACAUGUCCUAUAUUUUUGUUAUCCUAAUUAUUAUAAUAUUGUCUGAUUGAGUUAUUUUGUUUGUUAACUUCCAUUACAAAUGUGUUUUUUGACAGAUGACAGUUGAUUGCACUGUUUAUAACCUUUCUUCAUUUUUAUUACAUCACCUACACAGGACAGUGAUAUAACAAAUAUUUAUUUCAAAGUUGAGUUCAUGUGUGAAUUUAGACUCAUUUUAUCAAAACCCUUAUGGUACUAUUAACUUUGAUUUCUUAAUAUUGACGUUAUCUACCAGAUCCUAUAUUUUUGUUAUCAUUAUUAUUAUAUUGCCUAGUUUAGGUUAUUUUGUUUGUUUAAAUCCAUUAUGCCACUUUCACAAGGUCAUUAGUAUUCAGUAAAAUGAAUAAAAUUCCUUUUACAUA